AUGACCACCCACGUCACCCUGGAAGAUGCCCUGUCCAACGUGGACCUGCUGGAAGAGCUGCCCCUCCCCGACCAGCAGCCAUGCAUCGAGCCACCACCUUCCUCCAUCAUGUACCAGGCUAACUUUGACACAAACUUCGAGGACAGGAAUGCAUUUGUCACAGGCAUUGCAAGGUACAUUGAGCAGGCCACGGUCCAUUCCAGCAUGAAUGAAAUGCUGGAGGAAGGGCACGAGUAUGCAGUCAUGCUGUACACCUGGCGCAGCUGCUCCCGGGCCAUCCCCCAGGUGAAAUGCAAUGAGCAGCCCAACCGGGUGGAGAUCUAUGAGAAGACAGUGGAAGUGCUAGAGCCAGAGGUCACCAAGCUCAUGAAGUUCAUGUACUUUCAGCGCAAGGCCAUCGAGCGGUUCUGCAGUGAGGUGAAGCGGCUGUGCCAUGCCGAGCGGAGGAAGGACUUUGUCUCCGAGGCCUACCUUCUGACGCUGGGCAAGUUCAUCAACAUGUUUGCCGUCUUGGAUGAGCUGAAGAAUAUGAAGUGCAGCGUCAAGAAUGACCACUCUGCCUACAAGAGGGCGGCGCAGUUCCUGAGGAAGAUGGCGGACCCCCAGUCUAUCCAGGAGUCACAGAACCUUUCCAUGUUCCUGGCCAAUCACAACAGGAUCACCCAGUGUCUCCAUCAGCAACUGGAAGUGAUCCCAGGCUACGAGGAGCUGCUGGCAGACAUUGUCAACAUCUGCGUGGAUUACUACGAGAACAAGAUGUAUCUGACCCCCAGCGAGAAGCACAUGCUCCUCAAGGUAAUGGGUUUUGGUCUCUACCUGAUGGAUGGAAACGUCAGUAACAUUUACAAACUGGAUGCCAAGAAGAGAAUCAACCUCAGCAAAAUUGAUAAAUUCUUUAAGCAGCUGCAAGUGGUGCCCCUUUUCGGCGACAUGCAGAUAGAGCUGGCCAGAUACAUUAAGACCAGUGCUCACUAUGAAGAGAACAAGUCCAAGUGGACCUGUACCCAGAGCAGCAUCAGCCCCCAGUACAACAUCUGCGAGCAGAUGGUUCAGAUCCGGGAUGACCACAUCCGCUUCAUUUCCGAACUCGCUCGCUACAGCAACAGUGAGGUGGUGACUGGCUCCGGGCUGGACAGCCAGAAGUCAGACGAGGAGUACCGUGAGCUCUUCGACCUGGCCCUGCGGGGCCUGCAGCUUUUAUCCAAGUGGAGCGCGCACGUCAUGGAGGUGUACUCUUGGAAGCUGGUCCAUCCCACAGACAAGUUCUGCAACAAGGACUGCCCUGGUACUGCAGAAGAGUAUGAGAGAGCCACGCGCUACAACUACACUAGUGAAGAGAAGUUUGCCUUCGUCGAGGUGAUCGCCAUGAUCAAGGGCCUGCAGGUACUCAUGGGCAGGAUGGAGAGCGUCUUCAACCAGGCCAUCAGGAACACCAUCUACGCGGCCCUGCAGGAUUUUGCCCAGGUGACCUUGCGUGAGCCCCUGAGACAGGCAGUGCGGAAGAAGAAGAACGUCCUUAUCAGUGUCCUGCAGGCAAUUCGAAAAACCAUCUGUGACUGGGAGGGGGGCCGAGAGCCCCCCAAUGACCCAUGCUUGAGAGGGGAGAAGGAUCCCAAGGGUGGAUUUGACAUCAAGGUGCCCCGGCGUGCUGUGGGGCCCUCCAGCACACAGGCCUGCCAGUGGUCCCCGCGGGCUUUGUUUCACCCCACUGGUGGCACACAGGGCCGAAGAGGCUGCCGAUCCCUGCUGUACAUGGUGCGGACCAUGCUUGAAUCGCUCAUCGCAGACAAGAGUGGCUCCAAGAAGACAUUGAGGAGCAGCCUUGAUGGACCCAUUGUCCUCGCCAUAGAGGACUUCCACAAACAGUCCUUCUUCUUCACACACCUGCUCAAUAUCAGUGAAGCCCUGCAGCAAUGUUGUGACCUCUCUCAGCUCUGGUUCCGAGAAUUCUUCCUGGAGUUAACCAUGGGCCGGCGAAUCCAGUUCCCAAUUGAGAUGUCCAUGCCCUGGAUUCUAACAGACCAUAUCCUGGAAACCAAAGAACCUUCCAUGAUGGAGUACGUCCUCUACCCUUUGGACCUGUACAAUGACAGCGCCUACUAUGCUCUGACCAAGUUUAAAAAGCAGUUCCUGUAUGAUGAGAUUGAAGCUGAGGUGAACUUGUGCUUUGACCAGUUUGUCUACAAGCUGGCGGACCAGAUCUUUGCCUACUACAAAGCCAUGGCUGGCAGCGUCUUGUUGGAUAAACGCUUUAGGGCUGAAUGUAAGAAUUACGGAGUCAUCAUCCCGUACCCACCAUCCAACCGCUACGAAACGCUGCUGAAGCAGAGACAUGUCCAGUUGUUGGGUAGAUCAAUUGACUUGAACAGACUCAUUACCCAGCGCAUCUCUGCCGCCAUGUAUAAAUCCUUGGACCAGGCCAUCAGCCGCUUUGAGAGUGAGGACCUGACUUCCAUUGUGGAGCUGGAGUGGCUGCUGGAGAUCAACCGGCUCACGCACCGGCUGCUGUGUAAGCACAUGACCCUGGACAGCUUCGACGCCAUGUUCCGGGAGGCCAAUCACAACGUGUCUGCCCCCUACGGCCGCAUCACCCUCCACGUCUUCUGGGAGCUGAACUUCGACUUCCUCCCCAACUACUGCUACAAUGGGUCCACCAACCGUUUUGUUCGAACUGCCAUUCCUUUCACCCAAGAACCGCAAAGAGAUAAACCCGCCAACGUUCAGCCUUAUUACCUCUAUGGAUCCAAGCCUCUCAACAUUGCCUACAGCCACAUCUACAGCUCCUAUAGGAACUUUGUGGGGCCCCCCCACUUCAAGACCAUCUGCAGACUCCUGGGUUACCAGGGCAUCGCAGUGGUCAUGGAGGAACUGCUGAAGAUUGUCAAGAGCUUGCUCCAAGGAACCAUUCUCCAGUACGUGAAAACACUGAUCGAGGUGAUGCCCAAGAUAUGCCGCUUACCCCGACAUGAAUACGGUUCUCCAGGAAUCCUGGAGUUCUUUCACCACCAGCUGAAGGACAUCAUUGAGUAUGCAGAGCUCAAGACAGACGUGUUCCAGAGCCUGAGGGAGGUGGGCAAUGCCAUCCUGUUUUGCCUGCUCAUAGAGCAAGCUCUGUCUCAGGAGGAAGUCUGUGAUUUGCUCCAUGCUGCACCCUUCCAGAAUAUCUUACCUAGAGUCUACAUCAAAGAAGGGGAGCGUCUGGAGGUCCGCAUGAAACGCCUGGAAGCCAAGUAUGCCCCGCUUCACCUGGUCCCACUGAUAGAGCGGCUGGGGACCCCUCAGCAAAUCGCCAUCGCUCGGGAGGGCGACCUGCUGACCAAAGAGCGGUUGUGCUGUGGCCUGUCCAUGUUUGAGGUCAUCCUGACACGCAUUCGGAGCUACCUGCAGGACCCCAUCUGGCGGGGCCCACCGCCCACCAAUGGAGUCAUGCACGUCGAUGAGUGUGUGGAGUUCCACCGGCUCUGGAGCGCCAUGCAGUUUGUCUACUGCAUUCCCGUGGGGACCAACGAGUUCACGGCUGAGCAAUGUUUUGGUGACGGUUUGAACUGGGCUGGCUGCUCCAUCAUUGUCCUGCUGGGACAACAGCGUCGCUUUGACCUGUUUGACUUCUGUUACCACCUGCUAAAAGUACAGAGGCAAGAUGGGAAGGAUGAGGUCAUUAAGAAUGUGCCCCUGAAGAAGAUGGCCGACAGAAUUAGGAAGUACCAGAUCUUGAACAAUGAGGUUUUUGCCAUCCUGAACAAGUACAUGAAAUCCGUGGAGACGGACAGCUCCACCGUAGAGCAUGUGCGUUGCUUCCAGCCACCCAUCCACCAGUCCCUGGCCACCACCUGCUAGGUGGAAGGUCCUGCAGAUCCUUCACCUGGAAGAGAAGAAGCACCAGGAGAGAGGAAGCCAUGGCCAGCCUGCAGCAGGGUCUGACUGGACAGCACAUGGGAUAAGCCUGGAAGCAAACAAGAACCUCCCCAAACACAUCUACACCUCCCAAGGGCUGGGCCUGUGCAUGCUCUCCCAUGACAUCUCCAUGGUGGUUUUUCCAUAGCGUAAAUGAAAACAAAAAUGAAAAGAAACAGGGCAGUAUGUGCUUUUUCUUUUCUUUUUUCCCUCAGCUGUGUUAAGAGCCCUAGUUUCACCCCUUCUUCAUCUCACAGCCCUGCCCCCCCAUCCGUGGUUGCUUCUCAAGACCUCCUCCCAGAUGAUAACCUCCUACUUGGUGCCCACAUGUGACCUCAGGAGGGAAGUCUUAGUGCUGGAGACAAGAGCAUGGCUAUACCUCAAGAUAUCAGUCUGACCUGACAGGCGUGUCCCACUUCUUGGCUUCUUCCCCUCCUCUGGCCCCUUACCACCAACAGUACUUGUGGACCAGACGCUGAGAGCCAUGGGAGACAAAAGACAAGGUUCCUGGUACUGGCACCGUGAUAGAUGGUGUUGGCUCUGGGCCUUCCAUGAACUCCCCAAACCACACUCCCCUCUCAGGGUGCUCCAAGGGAGAACUCAGAAAUGCAUUCACAGCUGUAUCUCACUGAGUGGAAUUAGGGUAGGAAGAUGGUCAGGCCUGCUGUACAGAAGCAGUAUUUAUUGACAUAGCCAGGAAUUCCCUAGCCCCGAACAAAAAGCUCUUAGACCAUCUCAGCUUGAUGAGGAAGUGGUUCCUUUAUUCAUCAAGCAAAUACCGUGAGUAGCUGGACACUGGGAAUGCAGCACCGAACGGUUCAGCUGUACUGCCCUCAGCACUAGCCGGUGACCAAAUUAGGGACCACUUCUCUGCACAGACUCUCAUCAAGGCAAACUCCCACGAGAAAGAAAUUAUUAAAAGGUUAUUUCAACAGAAGCCCAAAGCAUAUUGGGGUCAGGGAGGUAAGGAAUAUAAGUUACACUUGUCAAUGAGUUUUUAAUACCAGGAUACACUCCCAGAAAAGGAAUCCUGUGUUGGUGAAUCGGGACUUUCAUCGUCCUAGAAGCUGAAAGAUCCUUGGGAUGUUUUAUCUCUUGCUCUCAACGUCCUUAGUGUUCCUUAACUUAGAUUUUGAGGCAUGUGGCGUUGCUCACAGGGGCAUACCUACUUCGAUUUCUCUGAACCAAAAGUCUUUGCAGAAUGUCUCAUUACAGAGCAUCUCUUCUUCAAAGGGAGCCUGUGACCCUGAGCUUGUAAGAAAAUAUAAAGUGAGACAUUUAAUAUCUCUCCCCCAACCCAGGUAGGCAAAGAAAGGAGAGAAAAAUAGAACGGCACUGAUCCUCCUCCCUCAGGGCAGAUAAAUGGAAAUGAUAACCAUUAGUCAGAUGGCCCAUGUUAACCCCAUGGAAAGAGCAAAAACAGUCCAUAGCAAGAGGGUUGUGUGAUACACUCUGCUUACCAGGGAGGAGCCAGGUGGGGCUCACCAAGUGUGCUCCAAGAGCCUACAUCAGGAUGUCCUGAGACGAGCACAUUGGAUUUCUGGGCCUGACCCCAAACCAAUUAAGUUUGCAUGUCUGAGAGUAGCAGGGAGAUCUGCACUUCCCACAAGCGCUCUCAGUUGUGUUGCACAUGGAAAUCUGAGGACCACUGCCAUAGAGGGUCUCUCCACUCCCCACCUUGGACUUUGAAUUCCCUCUGAGCCAUGAAAGAAGAUAUUUGUAGGGUAGGAAAACUACCGUCCAGGGUGGAAACUGGCAGCCUCCCGUCUGGACUUGCCACUUAUCCUAUUCUGAUUUUUUUGUUUUUUCCUCUUGAUGAGCAUAGAUGUGUCCCAAAGGCGAAAGGGAGAGGCUAUGCCACGUGGUCAAACAUGCCUUCCAAAACCACAUUAAAGUCUCUAAGCACCAGUGUUCUGAAUUUUCACUCCCGUCUGGGGACAGUGGGUAUUUCAGAUAGGCGACCAACUAUUAAAUCCUAGAGUUUAUUCCAAAUCCUUGACCAUUGCUUUUGUGGAGAUUUGGAUCAUCCGUUUGAUGGGAUUGCUUUUUCAACAGCCAGCCCCUAGGUCCUGCAUUCGAAACCUGAAUCUGACCACCUCGGUAGAAUCCUAUUAUCUUCAGGAGAUUGGACCCUGGUAAACUGAGGUCUUCACCUUAAGGAGAGACAUUUCAUUUCCCUCACUCGCUGGCAGCAUUUAUUUAUGAAUACCAAACAGGUUUAAUAUUCUUUCCUCUCUGAUAUUCCUGCCACCUUUGAUUUGAUUUUUUGUGUGUGUCUAAGAACCAGGAAAAAAAAUCUUAGGUUUUAAAAAGUUUUAAAAAAAAAUUGUUUCAGAAACUGUCAAAUGUACCAUAUUUGUAUUAAGAGUUGUUGGGGAUUUUUGUACAAUGAAUUUACAUUUAUUUAUGGUGACUUCUAUUUACGCUUGUGAUCAAAUAAUGAUGUUAAAUUCUUAAACCAUAUUUGCUAUGCAGCUGAAGAUGAUAUUUUGCUUUGUAUUUUGGGGUAUCUGUGUUGAGUUGAUAAACAUUUCCAUCUCCAUUAAAACUGCUUCCAAACCAGCA